AUGUCUGUUUCAUUUCUCUACAUUUUCUUCCCACUAUCUAUCUAUCUUCUUUUUUGUCUCUUUACUCUCACACUUAAAAAUAGUUGUUCAUCUUUUCUUUGUAUUAUUUUCCUUUCUUUUUCGUUUCUUUGGAUCUCUCUUUUCUUUCUUUUAUUCCUUCCUCUUGAUACCGGAUCUUCCUUCUUUAUUUCUUUUUACAUUUUGUAUCUCUUUAUUGUACACUACACUCUUCCUCCUAUUCGUUCUUUUUGCUUCCUUUCUUUUUUACUUUCUCGGCGCAUACACUCGCUAUCGUUUCUUUCUUUCUUUCUUUCUUUCUUUCUUUCUUUCUUUCUUUGCUACUAUAUCAUCCUUUGUUUCUGGCUUUCUCUGGUUCGUUCUUUCUUUCUUUCUUUUUCUUUUUCUUUCUUUCUCUCUUUCUUUCCUUUUUCUUUCUCUUUCUUUUUCUUUCUCUUUCUUUUUCUUUCUUUAUUUCUUUCUUUCUUUUUCUUUCUUUUUCUUUCUUUAUUUCUUUCUUUCUCUUUCUUUUUCUUUCUUUUUCUUUCUUUCUUUCUUUUUUCUUUCUCUUUCUUUUUCUUUCUUUCUUUCUUUCUUUUUUCUUUCUUUUUCUUUCUUUCUUUCUUUCUUUCUUUCUUUCUUUCGUUCCCUAGUUUAUUAUUAAUUCAUUCAUUCAUUCAUUCUUUCUUUCUUUCUUUCUUUCUUUCUUUCUUUCUUUCUUUCUUUCACUUACGCUAUCUCUGA